AUGCUCCCUGUUGUUGGAAAUCUUCAUCAACUUGGCUUGCUUCCUCACCGAUCCAUGCAAUCUCUAUCAAAGAAAUAUGGUCCAGUGAUGCUGCUUCAUUUUGGCAACAAGCCAAUCCUUGUGGCCUCUUCAGCCAGUGCAGCUUCAGAAAGCAUGAAAAACCAUGACCAAGUUUUUUCAAACAGGCAAAGAUUAAGUAUAGCUCGUAGACUCUUCUAUGGCUCCAAGGAUGUAGCAUUUUCUCCUUAUGGAGAGUAUUGGAGGCAACUUAGAAGCAUUCUUGUGCAUCAACUUUUAAGUAACAAAAUGGUUCAAUCAUUUCGACGUGUUCGAGAAGAAGAGACUUCACUUGUGAUUGGAAAGAUCAAGGUUGCCCUGGGGAGGAAGUAUGGUGAUGGAGAACAUGGGAGGAAAGCUAAGGAUACUUUAGCAGAAUUCAUUCAGAUAUUAGGGAUUGAUCAAUUCAUAGAGGGAGUAAUUGAAGAGCACAGGAACAAGGCUGUUGCUAAUACUACUGAGACAACCUGCUCACACUCUCUGGACAUUUUGCUUCAGAUACAGAGGGAAAAGUUGUUUGCCAUUGAGCAUGAUUCUAUCAAAGCUGUCAUUUUGGACAUGUUUGAAGGUGGAACUGACACAACACAUACAAUUAUGGAGUGGGCAAUGGCUGAACUCCCGAGGCAUCCCAAAAUCUUGAUGCAGUUGCAGAAUGAGGUAAGACAGAAAGCAAAUGUAAAAUCAGAAAUCACUGAAGAUGAUUUAGACAAAAUGCAAUGCCUAAAAGCAGUGAUAAAGGACGUUCUAAGACUUCAUGCACCUGUUCCGUUACUACUUGCCAGAGAAUCAACUCAAGAUGCCAAAGUAAUGGGGUAUGAUAGUUCAGCAGAAGGGGUUGCCCAGUUAUCAGUUUUUGCUUUGGCUAUCAAUGAGCCUGCAUUAGCAAAAUUAGUGCACAAGUUCGAUUUUGAAUUGCCUGAUGGAGCUAAACGUGAGGAAUUGGACAUGUGUGAAGUCAAUGACAGGAGUAUUGUUGAUGCUGCAAGUGGAGGGGCGCUGGUGAACAAGACUUCUCGAGAAGCGUGGGAGUUGAUUGAAGGGAUGGCUGAGAACUCGCAACAAUUCGAUAAAAGAAAGGAUGUCUCGAUGCACAGAGUGAAUAAGAUAGAGACAUUCUCUAUCCAACAACAGUUGACUGAGUUGACAUCAUUUAUUAGGUAA